GAAGGAGAAGGAGGUGGUUACUGCGCAGACAGAUACCGACUGAGCGAGCGCGGCGGCGGCAUAGAGCAGGCCCGGCCCAGGCAGGCCGUCACUGGGAAGCGAAGCGCGUUCGGCUGCCUGCUUCUCUCAACCGCUGCAGCGGAAGCCGGAGAAAUGUCGCCGUUCUGACCGCGGACCGAGCCAGCGACGGGGCGCGACGGAGGCGGUGACACCCGCCUCAGCAGCAGCAGUGAAGCAUGCGAGACCUAACAGCUCACGUAACCAGCAGCCUGCUGCAGUUUCCAGAAGUGACUGUACAAGCUCUUGGGGAAGAUGAGAUAACAAUAGACUCUGUACUUCAUGGGAAAUUCACUGGAGGGAGAAGUGGGCUGGCCUGUCUGGCAUGUGGACCUCAACUUGAGGUUGUAAACUCAGUCACCGGAGAGCGACUGUCUGCAUAUCGUUUCAGUGGAGUGAAUGAACAGCCUCCCACUAUCCUUGCAGUUAAAGAGUUUUCCUGGCAGAAAAGAACUGGACUACUAAUUGGCUUAGAAGAAACAGAAGGAAGUGUUCUGUGUUUGUAUGACCUUGGAAUAUCGAGAGUGGUUAAAGCAGUUGUUCUUCCUGGAAGGGUUACUGCCAUAGAACCCAUCAUUAACCAUGGAGGAGCCAGUUUGACAACCCAACACUUGCAUCAGAGUCUUAGGUGGCUGUUUGGUGUGGCUGCUGUGGUUACAGAUGUUGGACAUGUCCUCCUAAUUGAUCUUUGUCUUGAUGACUUGUCAUGUAGCCAGAAUGAAGUAGAAGCAUCUGAUCUAGAAGUUAUUGCUGGAAUCCCUCCUGAAAUCCCACAAAUAAGAGAAGCUAUAACUAGGAAGGGUCGACAUCUCUGUUUCCAGUUACUGAACCCGUCAGGAACUGCUGUCACAACUCUCUCAUAUGUGCACAGGAGCAACCAAUUAGUUGUGGGGUUUUCUGAUGGCUAUCUCUCACUAUGGAACAUGAAAAGUUUGAAAAAAGAGUACCAUUCCCAGUUAGAAGGAGGUAGAAUUCCUGUGUAUGCUGUUACCUUUCAAGAACCUGAAAAUGAUCCUCGCAAUUGUUGUUACUUGUGGGCUAUUCAGUCAACACAAGAAAGUGAAGGGGAUGUUGUUAGUUUACAUCUACUGCAGUUGGCCUUCAGUGACAGAAGGCGUUUAGCAUCAGGACAAAUCAUGUAUGAGGGUUUAGAAUAUUGUGAAGAAAGAUACAGCCUAGACCUCACAGGUGGAAUUUUCUCUUUAAGAGGGCAGACUAGCAAUACCAAAUUAAUUGGUUGUCAGACUAUAGAAAAAUUUCGAAGUCAUGUUGACAGAGAAGAUGGUAUUAAUGAAGUCAUAUCACCUGACACAAGUGUGUCUGUCUUCAGCUGGCAAGUGAACACAUAUGGUCAAGGCAAACCAUCUACUUAUCUGGGUAUAUUUGAUAUAAAUCGCUGGUAUCAUGCUCAAAUGCCAGACUCAUUAAGACCAGGGGAAUUUCUACACAACUGCUCCUAUUUUGCAUUGUGGUCCCUUGAUACUGUUGUGAGCUUGACUUCUCCACAUCGGAUUUUGGACAUCCUUGUACACGAACGAAGCUUAAGUCGUGGUGUUCCUCCUUCAUAUCCUCCACCUGAACAGUUUUUUAACCCAAGCACCUACAACUUUGAUGUUACUUGUCUGCUGGAUUCAGGAGUUGUUCAUGUGACUUGCACAGGAUUUCAAAAGGAUACCUUGCAUUUCUUAAAAAAAUCCGGCUCUUCCUUAAGUGAAACUGUUCCUGAUGGUUACAAUAGAUGUCUUGUAGCUGGCUUGCUUUCUCCAAGAUUUAUUGAUGUACAGCCUUCAAGUCUGAGUCAGGAAGAGCAGUUGGAAGCUGUAUUGUCAGCUGCUGUCCAAACAAGUUCUUUAGGGCUCCUCACGAGCUGCAUCAAACAGUGGACAUCUGAAGAGCAACCAGAUUCUGCUUCUAACUUGCGCUUUGUUCUUGAAUGGACAUGGAAUAAAGUGGUUAACACAAAAGAAGAAUUUGUUCGACUAUGUGUCCCACUGUUUGAUGGGUCAUCUAACUUUAUUGAUCCACAAACUCUACAGUCUCUGCAGCACUGCGAGUUGCUUCUUAGCAACUUUUGCACAGUUUUGAACUGUUUUGUCACAGAGGCACAAGAACUCACAGAAAAAGGCAUUACAGAUCUAACAAAUAAGCAGGUUGUAACCAGUCUCCUUUCACAGUAUGUACAAGUGGUAAUCUGGUUCUGUCGAUCCAGUCUUCUUCCAGAGGGCUUAGAUGAAGAUAUACAAUUGUCAAAACCAUUCUACAAUUACCAAUGUAUACAACAGUUCUAUGCCAGCUGUCGUCAGAAACUGGAACACUCAUCAAGAGGCAGAUGGAACCCUGAUUGUUUGAUGAUUGAUGGAAUAAUUUCCCAGUUGGGUGAUUCAGUUGUGAAGCUGUGGCAAAGAGAUGAUGGAGGAACUGGAAGAUAUCCUCCUCCUACAUUACAUGCACUACUUGAUCUCUACUUGUUAGAAAAUAUUGAAGAUCUCUACAAGCAUGCAACUACUAUUUAUUUACUCUUGGACAUCAUGCAUUCCUAUCCAAACAAGACUGAGACUUCAAUGGACUCUUUUCCAGCUGCCUUUGCAGUCCCUAUAGGUGUGGUUAAAUUAAUUCAAGGUUUUUGGUGUUUGGAUCACAGUGAAUAUGAGAGCUCCCUGACUUAUCUCUUUCAUCCAGCUACAAUCAAAUUGCCUUGGCAACAUGCUAGGAUAAUUCAAGUCUUGAUGUGUCAGGGAGAGCACAGACGAGCCCUCAGAUACAUACAGACGGUGAAGCCAUCAAUGAUGAGCAGCAGUGAAGUUGCACUUCACCUUACUGUCUUGCUGUUUAACAGUUGUAUGGUGGAAGCUUGGAAUGUGUUACGCCAGCAUUCUACCAGGUUAAAUGUAGAAGAGAUGCUUAAACAUGUCUAUGAAAUCUGUCAAGAGCUUGGAUUGAUGGAAGACUUGCUGAAACUACCAUUCACAGAAACUGAACAAGAGUGUCUAGAGAAGUUCUUGCAGUCAAGUGCUGGUGUUAACAAUCAUGAGUUCCUCUUAGUUCACCAUCUCCAGCGUGCCAACUACAUUCCUGCACUACAGUUGAAUCAAUAUCUGAAGAGUAAUCUCAUGAAUGAUUGUGAUCCCCACUGGCGUGAGAGGUCAGUUGCCAGAAAUUCUAUCUUAGACCAGUACGGGAAGGUCCUGCCUAGAGUACAAAGGAAACUAGCUGUAGAACGAGCCAAACCUUACCAUUUGCCAUCUUCACUUCGUCGGGAAAUUAUGAGACCAAAACCAUUAUCAACAGUUGCAAAAAAGGCUACUACAGGGAAUGUAGUUACCAAAGCAGCCUUCAUCAAUAACGUACUGUCCAAAAUUGGAGAGGUGUGGUUGGGAAGUGAACAGAAAAACAAGUCAUUUCAAAAUGAGAUAACUGAAGAACAGCCAUCUAGAAUAGACUCUUAUCAUGAUACAGAGUUACCUGAUCCAUUUGUUGGAACACCAGUUACCAAAUCUUUAAGAAAAUGUUCCAGGUUGCUGGAUUUGGUGGUUCAGCCAGUUCCGCUUUAUUCCACUUCCCUUGGAAAUAGUCUGAAGGUGACACCAAGAGUCUCUGCUUCGUGUAUGCUAUCUAGUCCAUUGCAUUCCAGCCCUCGAUGCGCCACACUACUACGUAAGAACAUUGCAAGAGUACCAGAAUUAAAAUUACUGGAAACUCCUCCUGUUGUUAAGAGAGUUAAAGCUUUGACAUCUACAUCUUCCUCUGGCUUGCCUGGUUUUACUCCUCAGUCUAUUUUGAGAUCUAGUCUUCGUACAACGCCUUUAGCUACUCCAACUGCUUCUCCAGGAAGGUCUAUUACACCACCUUUACGUGCAAAAGAAACAAAAAUAUCCUUUAUGGAAGAAAGCAAAGCCUCAGAAUGGACUACUGGGGUGACAGACUGUAAAACAAAACACAAUACAAUUUUAUCUAAAUGUAAUCUUGAAGAUCAAAUGGAAGAUAUGUGGUCUAAGAAUAGAGAAACCUCCUCCUUUCCAGCAUGCAGUUCUCAGGAAGACCAUAAAGAAAUGGGCCUGUCCUCAGAAUGCAUACCAGGGGAUAAUUUGGAGAAAACUGAACCUACCAAAGAGACUAGUAAUACUACUUUCAAGUCGGACGAAACUACUUUGGAGUAUCAGGAUGUAAAAUCACCAAGUGACUCAGAAGAUAUCAUCUUCAUAGCCUCUCAGCCGGUUAAUUCUUUCUGUGAAGAAAUACCAGAAUCAACUGAGAGAGAAGGUAGUGAAGUAGUUGCAAGUGAAGAAGACCAAAUAGAAGAGCAAACAUCUUCAGGUGUAGAAAAAGCAGCUGGGUUCUCUGAAAGUGAAAAAACAGAAUGUCCACUGCUUCCAGAGGACAGAAUAUUUGUGAUGGAUCACUUAAAUGCUGGGCAGGACACUGUGAUCUUUUCUUUUGUGCCAUCUAAUGAAAGUGAAACACAUGUCCUGGAAUCCAGUGUGCCACCAUUGUUGGAAGACAGCAGUCUCCUUGCUGAAGGAAGUGCCGAAGCUUUGGGACCAGAAGAAGCAGAUGCUGAAUCUGUCAUCAGUAUUCCUGAUAGUGAAGAUGUUGCCAGUAUUGAUUCAAAAAAUGAGCUUGAAGAAAAAGAAAUGGCAGUACAUGAAGACAGAUCAAGGGAGCCUGUCGAAGAACAUGUAGUAAUCCAGCAAGAAAAAACACCAGCCCAUAUUGUACCUGAAAGUCAAGAACUUAUUGGAGAUGAAACACCUGAUGCACGCAUUUCAGAAGCUGUAGUGGAGACUCUUCCAUGCAGUGAGCUAUGUUCUGCAAACAGUCUUAGAUUUCAGUACAGCUGUGACAAUAUAGGCCAGCAGGUCAACUGUGAAUUAGUUGAUAAAGGUGAUGAUGAAUGUGACUUCACUGAAGGAGAUGGAGAGCUUCUCCUGUCCCAGAACAAUUUUACCUUAAUACUAGAAGGAGAUGAAGAAGCUGAGAUAGGUGACCCUACUGUAUUGCUUACUUCUCCUCUUAAAUCAGCUAGCCCAAAAUUGGAGGGCAAGUGCCUGAACAGAGCUGGCAGUAGUGACCAAGAAUGCAUUACAAACUCAGUGUCCACAGUAACGAGUGACCAGAUGUCUCAGAAUACUCCUGAGGUACUGCCCUAUGUACCUGAACCUGUUCAGAUGGCUAUUGCUGAAAACCUUUUAGAUGUAAUCAAAGACACAAGAAGUAAAGAAUUUUCAUCUGACGUAGUGGAACAAUCUUUUCAUGAAAGCAUAAGCAAGAAGAUAUUGAGUUCUCCCCAGCUGCCUCUGCAAAAUGCUCCUGAAACAAAUAAAGAUGUAAAACUAAAUCAAGUAGAAAAAUCGGUGACAUCCAGUAUAGGCACAACAGAACAGAAGACCAUUAAUCUAAAUGAGCCAUUACCUGAUGAUCAGCCAUUGACAAAGAUAAAUAAACCAGAUCUGUGGACACUGCGCACUCCAAGGAGAAGUGCUAGAAGAACAAAAGAGACUUCUGACAUUCCUGAAAGCCUUCUCCUAAGUUCUAAAAGAGAACUCCGAGAGCUCAAGGAACAACAAACAGCCCAUGCUCUUGCUUUUCCAGCUGAAGAUGCCAAGAAAACAAAGGAGUGUGACUUAGAAAAGUCAACAAAUGUUCAUCCCAUUGCACAGGAACUUCAGGCAACCAUUACUACAAGGAGCAGAGUUAGGAAACCAAAAGAGCUUGCAUCAGAACUUCACAAUGAUCCAAGUGAGCAGCCAACUUCUCUCAGAAGGACUGCUAGAACUACAAGAAGCUUAAUAGGAGAACAAGAAAGUAGUCAGUUUAUCAUUGAUCAUACCAUACAAAUGACUGUUAAUCCUAAAAGUGCUAGGAAACUGAAAAACAUCGCUUUCCAACUUGCAGAAAAUGUAAUUUCAAAUCAAGAGGUGGAACCUCAUGAGCAGCAGUUCAGUGUGACACCAAGAACAAGCAGGCCAAGAAAGCACAGCAUACUAAAAGUAACAGCUCAUUCUGAAACUAAGCCCACAGAAUUAAAAAUUCCUACACCAGUUAGACGUGGUAGAUCCAGAAAAUUCAGUGUACCAGUAGCAGUAUUGGAACAGGACAUACAGCCAAGUGAACUGCAGCAACUUGUACCAGUUGGAAAGAAGAGGUCACAAAGCACUAGUGUAUUGGGAACUGUUUCUGAUAAAGAGACUGAGCUCGUUGAACAGCUGCCUGUACGGCGUAAGAGAGGCAGACCAAGAAAGAAUUCUUUGAAUGUUUCAGUAAACUCAGAUCUGGAUCCAUCUCUGUUGUUGUUGUCACCACUUCAGACAGAUGAUAAACCUUCUGUCACACCUAGAAGGAAUACUAGGAGAGGGGCCUUAAAUCUGUCUACCAGCACAGGACAGUCACCUUAUCCAAAAGAGAGAGAGAAAGUCACCACAAAGAGAAGAUACACAAGAGUUACAUCUGCAAAUGUAAAAAGAAAGGAUACAGAAAAAUCCAUGAUAGAAGAAAGUUCUGUCCAGCCAAGAGAGACAGUGGGCUCAGCAAGGGGUUUGGAAAGGAGGCGAGCCAAGAUGACAGCAAUCAGAAAGAAAAACCAGCUACCAUCUCUCUCUGAGGAAGGUACAGAGCAGGAGCAUAUGUCACAAGCAACUGAUAACAUUGUGGAAUUGCAGUCUGCAGAUAUGACCAAACUGAGGCUUGGUGAAACAGAGAACACUUUGGCACAUCACGUUACUCAUGUCAAAAGGACCAGAUGCAGCAAAAAGAGUAUAGAACAGUCUCUCUCCCUGGAUGGAAGUGAGCCCUUCUAUUUUUCUCCUCCUCUUACAAAGCUCAUGGAUAAAUCUAAAGGUGAGAGAGCAGUGACUCCUGUACAGCUCAAGGAUAUAGAUGCAGACAUGACUUCUCAGUUUGUCUUCUCACCUCCCGUUUUGAGAUCCAGGAAAAAACAAGUGACCAGUAUUUCAAGGACAGUGGAAGAGUUGGAAUUACCAGUUAAAGAAGAAAAGGUUGCCAUCUCAAUAGAGACUUUAGAAAAGCAGAAAGUAAAAAGCAGAGCUACACGAUCAAAAGCAACAAAAACAAGCAAAGUCCUAGGGAAAGAUGGUAGUUGGUCACCACCACCGAUGGAAAUAAAGUUCAUUUCUCCUUUUGGCACCCCAGCAGAUGGAGCAAAAAGCAAACAGAAAGAAUCUGUGGACAAAGCAGAAAAAGCUGCUCAAAAGACUGUUUGUAGGAAGGAGAAGAGACUAUCUAGCUACCCAAAGCCAGUUGUCCGGAAGAAGAUGCUAUAACUUUUUAAAAAAAUUGUAAUGUACUCCAGUGUUUGUAAAGUCAUCAGAAUUGUGUGGAAUAGUAAGAAAAAUCAUCUAAUUUGGAAGAUAAUUUAUAUAAAUUAUUAUAAAAUUUCAGAAUACUAAAAGUCUUCAAUAAGUAACUCCAUGUGGAGUGUGAUUUCUUCAGUCAAUGCAGUUUUUUCUAUUUUAUAAGACUUCAUACAUUUAUAUAAUAUGUAAAUACAUCUUAUUUUAGGAAUGUUAAAUAAAAAUGUAUACUUCACAAUAUGAUUAUUGUCCACUAGAUUUUUGAGAGAAUAACAGUGUGUGGUGCAAACAGCUCAAAGGGGAUUUUAAUUAUGGCUUGCCACUGUUGUUGCUUCUCUGCUGGGAGGCUAGUAUUUUUUAAGAGUUUGAUCUUGCAAUGUUUUAAAAAAUUAAAAUUUGGCAGUUUUAGGAUUUUUAGAAAAUGUUUUGACCUCUUGAAAUUGGUAAUAGGUCAUUGCAAACAAAUUCCUUGCUCUCCUGGUUGAACGUGUACUUUAUUGAAGUCAGAAUGUAAACAAUUGUAUUGAGGCUGUGCAAUAUUUUUUUGUAUUUGUCUUAACUUGGGAAAGCUGCUCUUCAGUUUAUAAAACAAAAUUUCACCUCCA